CCUCAAAGAACAUAGACCUCAAAGAACAUAGGUCUUCCUUUUCUCAGUCAAGGAAACCGGGAAACGUCCCGAGAAAGCACAAGCAUCCUUCUUUCUGUAUUCACUCUCUCAAGCGUCCCUCAAACCCGAAAUAGGUUUUAUUUUUCGGUUUUUGUAAUUGGUGAUUCGACGCAUGGGGUUUCGUUCGGGUUCGGAGAUCGUUCACGGCAUGGCUGGUAUGUGCUGUGUGAGCACCAAGAGCAAGAAGAAGGGCAUUGAACCUAGCGCGUACAGCAAUAACAGCAUGAAGAAGAAGAAGAAGAUCAAGGGGACGGUGAAGCUGAUGAAGAAGAAUAUCUUAGACUUGAGCGAUGUCAAAGCCUCGAUCUUCGACCGGGUACAUGAGUUGCUGGGCAAAGGGGUGACGUUACAGCUUAUCAGUGCUGAUCAUAUUGACCCAGCGAAUGGGCGAGGGAAGUUAGGCAAAGCAGCUCCCCUAGAGAAAUGGGUCACGAAGAUCACUUCGUUAACGGCCGGUGAGUCCGAGUUCGGCAUUACGUUCGACUGGGAUGAGACGAUGGGAGUGCCAGGAGCUUUCAUAAUCAGAAACCAUCAUCAUAGUCAGCUCUUCCUCAAGAUAGUCACCUUAGAGGACGUCCCGGGCCAUGACGGUCCUAUCAAGUUCGUAUGCAAUUCCUGGGUCUACCCGACGCACCGCUACAAGUAUGACCGAGUAUUCUUCUCAAACAAGUCCUAUCUACCACACCAAACGCCAGAGCCGCUACGCCCGUACCGGGAGGAGGAACUCAUCAAUCUACGGGGCAAUGGAUCUGGGGAGCUCAAAGAGUGGGACCGGGUUUAUGACUAUGAUUAUUACAACGAUCUCGGGAGCCCAGACAAAGGCCCCGAUUAUGCAAGACCUGUCCUGGGUGGAUCUGAGAAGUAUCCGUAUCCUCGGAGAGGGAGAACUGGGCGAAAACCGACACAAGCUGAUCCAUACUCGGAGAGCAGAUUGCCCUUGCUGAAUCUUAACAUUUACGUUCCAAGAGACGAGCGGUUCAGCCACAUAAAGUUCUCGGACUUUCUUGCAUACGCUCUGAAAUCACUAGGACAGGUCCUGGUCCCGGAGAUCUCAUCUCUAUUCGACAAGACGUUCAAUGAGUUUGAUACUUUCGAUGACGUGCUUAGCCUUUAUGAAGGAGGUAUCAAGCUUCCCAACGGAGCAAAAGUUAGGAAGCUCAAGGCGAGCAUCCCAUGGGAGAUGCUCAAGGAACUCGCUCGUGAUGACGGUGAACGGUUCCUCAAGUUUCCGAUGCCCGAUGUGAUCAAAGAGGAUAAAUCUGCAUGGAGAACGGAUGAAGAGUUUGGCCGGGAAAUGCUUGCUGGAGUGAACCCCGUCGUCAUCAGUCGUCUCCAAGAGUUUCCACCGAAAAGCAAGCUAGAUCCUACGGAGUAUGGGAACCAGAACAGUUCAAUAAGGGCCGAACACAUCGAAAUGAACAUGAACGGGCUCAGUGCAGAUGAAGCAAUUCGAAGCAAUAAAUUGUUCAUACUUGACCACCACGACGCGAUAAUGCCAUACUUGAGGCGAAUCAACUCGACAAACACAAAAAUGUAUGCAACCCGAACAAUCCUGCUUCUGCAGGACGACGGGACACUGAAGCCAUUGGUGAUUGAGCUGAGCUUGCUGCACCCUCAGGGAGAGUACCAUGGCGCUGUCAGCAAGGUCUUCACUCCUGCAGAACAAGGAGUCGAGGGCUCGGUGUGGCACCUCGCAAAGGCUUAUGUCAGCGUGAACGAUUCUGGCUACCACCAGCUUGUCAGCCACUGGUUGAACACUCAUGCUGCAAUAGAGCCAUUUGUAAUCGCAACGAACCGGCAGUUAAGCGUGCUCCAUCCCAUAUACAAGCUCCUUCAUCCUCACUUCCGUGACACUAUGAACAUCAAUGCUUUGGCCCGUCAGAUCCUGAUCAAUGCUGGUGGAGUGCUUGAAAACACGGUCUUCCCGGCGAAAUACUCCAUGGAAAUGUCAUCUGUUAUCUAUAAAAGCUGGGUCUUUCCAGAGCACGCUCUGCCUGCUGAUCUUCUCAAAAGGGGAGUGGCAGUUCCUGACCCGAGCUCACCCCACGGGCUCAGGCUUCUGAUUGAGGACUAUCCUUUCGCAGUCGAUGGGCUUGAGAUAUGGUCGGCCAUUGAGACUUGGGUCACUGACUACUGCUCCUUCUAUUACAGUUCUGAUGGAUUGGUUCAGGGUGACUUGGAGCUCCAGUCAUGGUGGGAUGAGGUUCGGAAUGUAGGCCACGGAGACAAGAAAGACGAGCGGUGGUGGCCUGAGAUGCGGACACGGGCCGAGCUCUUCCAAACAUGUACAACCAUUAUAUGGGUCGCCUCUGCCCUCCACGCUGCAGUCAACUUUGGUCAGUACCCUUAUGCCGGGUACCUCCCGAACCGCCCGACAAUAAGCCGCCGGUUUAUGCCUGAACCAGGAACACCUGAGUAUGCCGAGCUCGAAUUGAACCCGGACAAGGUGUUCCUAAAAUCGAUCACAGCGCAGUUCCAAACGCUCCUUGGAGUGUCCCUGAUUGAGAUACUAUCCAGGCAUUCCACGGACGAGUUUUAUCUUGGGCAGAGGGACGACGACAACCACGAUUGGACUUCAGACCAUGAACCAAAAGAGGCGUUCCGCAGGUUUGGGGAGAGGCUCAUGGAGAUCGAGAACCGGAUCAUGGAAAUGAACCUUGACGGUAAAUGGAAGAACAGGGUCGGACCUGUUAAAAUACCUUACACCUUACUCUACCCGAAUACAUCAGACAACUCCAGGGUCGGAGGACUCACUGGCAAGGGAAUUCCAAAUAGUGUAUCGAUCUGAGUAAUUCGAGUUUCGGAUGUCGGUCUGUCCUUGCUUUCAUAACGGGUAACUUUCAGUGCAAAUCAACGAGUUAGGUUCAUGAUUGCCUAGCAUUUAGGUGUCCAAUUUUCUCACCUUUGAUGUGUAAAUUACCACUUCCAUAACUUACCGAACCAAAAUUACAAACUUCCAUCCAUAGAAAUCUGAUUCUGUUCAUCAGUCA